AUGGCUUCAGGAAUCCCCGAGGCUGACCUGCUCAGCUUCCGUGAGCAUCUCAAGAAAUCAAAGCGUAUACUCGCUCUACUUGGCGCCGGACUCUCCGCAGCUUCUGGCUUGCCUACCUUCCGUGGGGUAGGCGGGUUAUGGCGCUCUCACCGGGCACCAGACCUGGCGACGCCAGAAGCAUUUGGCGUUGAUCCCGGUCUCGUGUGGCAGUUCUACAGUUACAGACGACAUAUGUCCUUGGUGGCUCAUCCAAAUAAAGGACAUUAUGCCCUCGCAGCGUUGGCCAGGAAAAUCCCUGAGUUCUGGACUCUGACUCAGAAUGUCGAUGGGCUAUCGGAACGAGCUGAUCACCCUGAGUCUCAGCUCCAUCGUCUUCAUGGCUCUUUGUUCACCGUGAAGUGCGCUUCAGAGUACUGCACCUACUCACGGAACAACGAUUUCCAGGACCCGCUUGUUCCUUGUCUUGCAAUCCCUAAAGCAGGGCCCCAGCUAAAUCCAUCUACAGAUGAUAACACUGGUGAACAAGCUGCCAAGGCUAUCCACGCUGCCCUUGAUGAGAAGAUCUCCCCUUCUGGAGGCGAAGACUUGGAUAUCUCGGAUGCAAAUGUCCCCAUCCCUAGUCUCACAGAAGAGGACCUCCCACAUUGUCCGCAAUGCUCAACUGGACUUCUACGACCCGGGGUAGUUUGGUUCGGUGAGGAGCUUCCCCACGAUACAUUGGAUAGUAUAGAUAAGUUCCUCGCAGAGGGGCCAGUUGAUUUAGUCCUGGUCGUUGGUACAAGUGCUCGGGUCUUCCCAGCUGCAUUAUACAUUGAAGAAGGGCGAGAUAGAGGAGCUCGUGUCGCUGUGGUCAAUAUGGAUGCUACCCAUCUCCCGAAAGGGGGUCUGAAGCCAACUGACUGGUUAUUCCAAGGUGAUUCAAGCGUUAUUCUUCCCGAGAUACUGAAAGAUGUCAUCGGUGAAAUUUGA